GCGCACGUGUCGCGGGUGUGUAAGUCUGUGUACGCUUCUGCUUGACCCGGCGCUGCUGCCUCCCGUUGCAGAGAAGAGGGGAAGGGAAGGCAUGGAGGAUGGCAGAAGAGGCCAGGAUUCCCUAUAGGACCACAGGGUCUACCCUGUUGCUCCCGCUUAGCGAUUUCUUGGGCAUCACUCUGGACCAGGUCAAUUUUGUUGCUUGUCAGCUCUUUGCACUCUUGGCUGCCUUUUGUUUUCGCUUGUAUUUAAGUCCCAAUCAUGCGAGUUCUGGUGUUCGGCAUGCGUUUGCCACCGUGUGUGGAGUGUAUUUUGCUAUCUUCUGCUUUGGCUGGUACUCUAUCCAUAUUUUUAUUUUAGUGAUGAUAAGCUAUGGCAUCAUGAAUAUGGCCAGUAUCCCCAACAUUCACAGGUACUCUUUUGUGGUAGCUAUGGGAUACCUCACAGUCUGCCACAUUAGUCGGAUAUAUAUAUUCAGUUACGGCAUUCUCACAACAGAUUUCUCUGGAGGAUUAUAUUGCCCACUAAUGAUCAUAACACAGAAGAUCACAACUCUUGCAUUCCAAGUGCACGAUGGAAUAGGUAAAAAAGCUGAAGAGCUAACUACAGAACAGAAUCAGCUUGCUGUUAAAACAAAACCGACCUUACUGGAGUAUUUGAGCUAUCACCUCAACUUCUUAAGUAUCAUAGCAGGCCCAUGCAGCAAUUAUAAGGACUACAUAGCUUUCAUUGAAGGAAGACAUGUUCAGAUGAAGCUAUUAGAUGUCCACUGGAAGCAAAAAGGUUUUGAUAGGCUUCCUGACCCUUCCCCAAUGGGAGCUGUGCUACACAAACUUUGCAUCACGCUUGUUUCAUUGCUUUUGUUCCUGACAUUUACCAAGAGCUUUCCAGUAACAUCUAUCGUUGAUAACGAGUUUAUCAAUAAGUCCUCAUUCUUGUCAAGACUUGGCUUACUGUAUGUUGUUGUGCAAGCUUCGAAACCAAAGUACUACUUCGCAUGGACACUUGCGGACUUGAUCAGCAAUGCUGCUGGCUAUGGGUUUAGUGGUGUCGAGAGGGGCAAUUUCCACUGGGACCUACUGUCUAAUCUUAAUAUCAGGAAUAUUGAGAUGGCAACAAGUUUUAAAAUGUAUGUACAAAACUGGAAUAUCCAAACAACUGCGUGGCUUAGACGUGUGUGCUAUGAACGAGCUCCUCGGUAUCCUACAGCUCUAACAUUUCUUCUCUCAGCUAUUUGGCAUGGUGUUUACCCUGGAUAUUAUUUUACCUUUAUCACUGGAAUCCUUAUGACACUAGCAGCCAGAGCAGUAAGGAACAACUGUCGCCACUUCUUCCUCUCCCAAAAGCCUCUCAAGUUGGGCUAUGACAUUGCCACCUGGAUGGUAACUCAGCUGGCUGUCAGCUAUACUGUUGCACCGUUCAUUCUCUUGGCUGUUGAGCCUACAAUUAAAUUAUAUAAGUCAUUGUAUUUCCACAUGCACAUCUUGUGUGUCUUUGUGCUACUCAUCCUGCCAAACAGAUCUCAGAAACGCACCAAAAGUCAACAGCUUUCAUUUCAUGACACACACGACUCUGAAAGAAACAGGAAACAAAAAUGAUACCUUAAAAAGGAAUUUCUGAUCCUUCCCUCUGGAGUACCAGAAACAAACGGUACGAAAGAGGCAUCAGUGCAGUGGCUUCGUUUU